AGCCAAGCCCUAGUGUUCUUCCCGAGACCACAACCGCGGAUCGCGCAGAAAGGGGGGGGGCUUUGGAGGUCAGGGUUUCUCUUUCAUCCCGGGCAGAUUCCGCUCCAGCCUCCGAGAGGGUUCUGCAACUCGAGCAGCAUCACUAACAGUCAGAAUCAGAAAGAGAAGAAUUAUUCUCCACUUUGGUUCCCAGCACUGAAUAAAAUUCUCCAACCGCUGAGAUGCCGGUCGCCUCUACCAACUCCGAGACAGCCAUGCAGCAGGUCUUGGACAACCUCAGCGAUCUUCCCAACUCUAUGGGAGCUGGAGAUCUGGAUCUCAUCUUUCUCCGUGGCCUCAUGGAGAGUCCAAUAGUAAGAUCAUUGGCUAAGGCCCACGAGCGUCUGGAAGAGACAAAGCUGGAAGCCGUGAGGGACAACAAUUUAGAGCUGGUCCAGGAGAUCCUUAAAGACAUCACUCGCAUCGCCCAGCAAGACAGCACGGCUGCAGAAUUGGCCCGCAUCCUCCAGGAACCGCACUUCCAGUCUCUCUUGGAAACCCACGAUUCUGUUGCCUCCAAAAGCUACGAGACUCCACCACCCAGUCCUGUCCUGGACCCCAUGUUCAACAACCAGCCAGUGCCACCAGAUGCAGUGCGCAUGGUGGGGAUCCGUAAGACCGCCGGGGAACACCUGGGUGUGACAUUCCGGGUAGAACGUGGCGAGCUGGUCAUUGCACGCAUCCUGCAUGGGGGCAUGAUUGACCAGCAGGGGUUGCUUCAUGUAGGUGACAUCAUCAAGGAAGUGAAUGGGCAAGAAGUAGGUAGUGACCCACGAGCACUCCAGGAGGUGUUAAAAAAUGCCAGUGGAAGUGUUGUGCUCAAGAUCCUGCCCAGCUACCAGGAGCCCCACCCACCACGGCAGGUGUUUGUGAAGGCCCACUUUGACUACGACCCUGCUACUGACAACCUCAUCCCAUGUAAAGAAGCUGGCCUUAAGUUUGCGGCCGGAGACCUUCUCCAGAUUGUCAACCAGGAUGACCCCAACUGGUGGCAGGCGUGCCAUGUGGAGGGUGGUAGUGCGGGCCUGAUCCCAAGCCAGCUGCUGGAGGAGAAGCGCAAGGCAUUUGUGAAGCGUGACCUUGAAGUCACUCCUUCCUCAGGUGCCCUGUGUGGAAGCCUCAGUGGAAAGAAGAAGAAAAGGAUGAUGUAUCUGACUACCAAGAAUGCAGAGUUUGACCGUCAUGAACUACUGAUCUACGAAGAGGUGGCCCGCAUGCCUCCGUUCCGCAGGAAAACUUUGGUGCUCAUCGGUGCCCAGGGAGUGGGCCGUCGCAGUCUGAAGAAUAAGCUUAUCAUGUCUGACCAGUCGCAGUAUGGAACUACCAUCCCAUACACGUCCCGGAGGCCCAAGGAGCAGGAGAGGUCUGGGCAGAGCUACAGUUUCGUAACUAGGAGUGAGAUGGAGGGCGACAUCAAAGCAGGCCGUUACUUAGAGCAUGGCGAGUAUGAGGGGAACCUGUAUGGAACCAAGAUCGACUCUAUCCAUGAAGUAGUUGAGUCGGGCAAGAUGUGCAUUCUGGAUGUCAACCCACAGGCUGUGAAGGUUUUGAGGACAGCUGAGUUCGUCCCCUAUGUUGUUUUCAUCGAAGCACCAGAUUUUGAGACUCUACGAGCCAUGAACAAAGCAGCUCUGGAGAGUGGGGUGGCCACCAAGCAGCUCACAGAUGCUGACUUGAAGCGGACAGUCGAUGAGAGCUGCCGUAUCCAUCGGGGCUACGGGCAUUACUUCGAUCUCUGCUUGGUCAAUGACAACAUGGAACGGACAUUCCAGCAGCUGCAGGAGGCUCUGGAGAAGCUGCAGAGUGAGCCUCAGUGGGUCCCCGUCAGCUGGGUUUACUAAAGGAGCGAGCCCUUUUCCCUCAGAGCCACAGAGCCUUGGCUUUCCCACCUUCCCCACUUGGCCAAGGAAUCCAGAUUGCUUGCCUGCUCCUUCCCAAAAGUGUCUGCUGCUUGCGCUCUGCCCCUUCUACUGUUAAAACCUACCUGGCUUGCCCAAGCAAUGCAGGUGAAAUUAAGAUGGCUUUAUUCAAUUCUGAAGGGAAGGUGCUUCCUCAUUCCACUCUAGGAAGCCUCCAACCAACAAAGAACUCUUUUUCUACUGCCACAGAUGAGUGGAUGGUGCCCUGUUUUCCCACCCCAUUCCUUUACUGACAACGAGAAGCCCUUUAAUGAAGAACUCAGUAUGGUGGACACAGGAUUAGUGGGGCUGGAUUAAGCAGGGCAACCAAGUACCCACAAUGCCUUGCUACGUAUACUCCUGGUCGUCUCAGUUACUGACUCGCCUGAUGUCAGACAGGCAGGAAGACAGCUUCUCUUCCAAUCACAGCUAGCCCACUGCCAAAAAACACCCCACACUGCUUCAGAGAUGGACCAAAAUCUUAAUAUUGCCAAAAGAAUCGCCAGCCUAGGUUUCUUUUCCAUGGAGAAAAUUGGAGGAAGAGUGAGAGGGUGGGGGGGCAGACAUUCCUCGCCUCCCUCAAGACCAGUUCUGUGCAAUGCCAUUGCAAGACAUUCUGGGAUAUUAAAGGAGAACUGUAGGCACGUCUGGAAAAUGUUAGUGAGGAGGGAAAAUGUGACAGGGUGGCCUUGCCGGGGAAGCAUUGGUCUGGAACCUAAAGCCUUGGAUUCAUCCUGUGGUAAUGACACAUGCACACAUUCACGUACAUAGCAAGUGAGUUCCUUAGCCUCAGUUUCACUGUCUGUAAAACGAAGCUAAAUUUUAAGUAUUGUUAUUGUAAUAUUUAUAUCCUAGGAGAAUGUUUGUGAAGAUGGAAUCCCCCAUUGCAAAUUA